AAAGUAGCCUUCUUUGUCAUCUCCUCGUCACGCUUGUUGCCGCCGGCGUUCUGCACGACUGUCUCCACUCUGCUUUCACCUUUCGCAGUUGCCAUUGCCGAACCACGAGAGUAUCAACACAAAGGGAACGAAGACGACGACGACGACGAAGAAGAAGAAGAAGAAGAAGAAAAAGAUGUACGGAAACGCUACGAACUGGGACGAAGAUGCUUACAGAGAAACCAUAUUGAAGGAGCGAGAGAUCCAAACCCGUACGGUCUUCAGAACCGCCUGGGCUCCUUCGAGGAAAAACCCUAAUCCAGACGCCUUUGUCCUUGCCUCCAGCGAUGGAACCCUAGCUUUCUAUUCUCUAUCCUCGCUUGUUUCCGGGUCGACGAGUCUCAGCUACUCGAAAGGCGAGGAUGCGGAGGUGGCUGAACCGAAGGGUUUGGUUAGGGCACACGACGGACCCGCUUAUGAUGUCAAAUUCUAUGGCGACGACGAAGAUGCUUUGCUCCUCAGCUGUGGUGAUGAUGGACGAGUUCGGGGAUGGAAAUGGAUGCAGUUUUCUGAAUCGGAGGUUCCUCUUCAUUCACAAGGGAACCAUGUUAAGCCAUUGCUUGAAUUGACUACUCCUCAACACGAAGGUCCUUGGGGUGCUCGUUCGCCGAUGCCUGAAAUCAAUGCUAUUGCUGUUGAUCCUCCGUCGGAAAGCAUUUUUACUGCGGCUGGUGACUCUCACGCGUAUUGCUGGGACAUGGAGAGUGGUAAAAUCAAAAUGGUUUUCCGGGGUCAUUCAGAUUACCUGCAUUGUAUAGUUUCUCGUAAGUCUGCAAGUCAGAUAGUGACGGGUUCAGAAGAUGGGACUGCAAGAAUCUGGGACUGCAAAUCAGGAAAAUGUGUUAAAGUCAUCGGUCCUAAGGGGAAAGGAUUCGGGUUUCAUGUGAGUUCUGUGGCGCUCGAUGAAAGUGAAAGCUGGUUGCUUUGUGGACAAGGUAGAAAUUUAUUUGUGUGGAAUCUUCCCACCUCAGAACGUAUCUCAACAAUUUCCAUCCCUACACCUGUGCAAGACAUAGUUUUCGAUGACAAGCAAAUUUUGGCUGUCGGAGCAGGACCUCUUCUGAGGCGUUUUGACCUAAAUGGAGCUUCACUCUCCCAAGUUGAAUGUGCUCCUCAUUCAGCAUUUUCCGUCUCGUUGCAUGCAUCGGGAGUUGUAGCGGUUGGAGGUUAUGGAGGUCUGGUGGAUGUCAUUUCUCAGUUCGGAAGCCAUCUCUGCACGUUUCGUAGCAAAGGGUUGUGAGAUUCUUCUUCCCGAGGGGCUGCUUGAUUCGGUCGGUCCAUUGACGGGACCGAUCUCAGAUUAGAGUCGAGUAGAAGAAUUCUGGUUCGGCCUAUAUAAAUAUCUGAAUCUGAGCUUGUUUCCUAUCUGACCACUGCCCAAAACUUGAGCUGUAUGUUUCUUAGGUUUUGCCAUCGAGUUCAAGACUCUUCCUGUCACCUGUCUCUGCUGAAUCGCUGAUGCAGAUUGUCACAGCCGGUUAUCUGGUCUGGUUCGGUUUGAUCUUUGCUGGAAAACCAGACCAUCGAUUUGGUUCUUAGAACGAUGUUUGGGUCGGAAUUGGUAUCUCUGCCCA